AUGUGUAAAAUUGGGGAUAUUGUCAAAAAAAAACUGGAUCUUGAUGUUUUGUGGGAUGAUAUCUCAGAUGAGCUAUCAGAAAUCGUAAAUGGUUAUGCAGAAGCCACAGAUGAUAUUAGUGCAAUCGAUGUUCUCCUGCAAGUGGAUGAUGAUGUUCACCAACAGUUUGCUAUGCUAUUGGUACAGCGUGCUUUACGUGAACGUCGAGUGGCUGAUUCAGUUGGCAUCUAUCGUGCUGCUCGUUUAUUAUGGCCAAAUGACAAUCUUUUUGGCUUCGAUGGUAUGGCUCCGGAAUCUGAGUUCAUCGAGUUGUAUGCUAUAUUUUUUGCCGAUUUAACAGAGAUUGAGAUGGAAUGGAAAAAAUGUAACGAAAAGAUAUAUGGGUCCUUUUUCGCUUCCACAAACUUGUCAGACGAAAAUUUUAUUGAAGGUGGUAGGACUUCAGAAUCUGAAGAAGGUGAAGAAGUGUACAUUAAUAAGGAGGUGGAUUUUGAUUUUGAACAAUAUCUGGUCAAAUUUGGUCGAUCUGACGUAAUCAAAUGGUAUAUUUAUCUUCUUUCCGAUUUUGAAACCAAUUCAUUCGAACUAAAUAAAGCAAUUCUGAAAUUGUUACAUCGCAUCGCGUUUGAUUUGCGCACAAUUUCUAAACUUUAUCAGAUUUCGUUAUUCUACAUAUUUAUGCGUCUUAAAGAUCAUCUUAAAGGUCUUUCUAAGGCUGAAAUUCGAAAUAGCCAAUUUUUUGAAUUGUAUGAAUUUGGUUAUCAUGUGCUCAAAAAAUUUUUCAUCAAUUUUGAAGAGCUUGGUCCGAAAUUGGUCGUAGAACUUCUUUUUUGGAAAGGUGCGAAGGAAUGUUAUGAUAUUGAGUUUGGCUACGGUUCUUACGAUUCGAUACAAGGAAUCAAUAAUGCUGCAAUUCCUGAAGAACUGGAAGAUGAAGUUAAAGCUUUAUACGACGAAUUCCUAUCUCUUGGUGAUAUGCCUCAAGAGGGAACAGAUAUUAUUGAUUAUAUCAUCUCAAAAUUAUCCAAAGAACGAUCUCGUAAACAAGUUCUUCGUGAAUUAAAGUCUCUUGGACUAAAUACAUUCGGUUUAAAAGCCAAGAAAAACGUUGCUUCUCGAAAAUCAGCCACUUUCAAUUCUAAAAUUUUUGAUUUGAUGCAUAAGCUGGCUGAAGAAUACGCAUUCAUGAAUUCAGAUGAUUUUCCAGGAGAUUUGGUUGAUUUUAUUUGCGAAAAUUUGCCGCAGAAACGUAGUCGUGCUCUUGUACUAAAAGAAUUAGAAAGUAAUGGUCUUCGAAAUUAUUCGCAUACCUGUAGGUCAAAAAUGCAAGAUGAAAUAAUAUCAUCCUUUGAUAAGCAGCAUGAGCAUUUAAAAGAUGUGGACCGACCGGAAUAUUUGAUAACCGAAUUUGAAGAAAACUAUGCAAACGUCGAUUUUGAUCGGAAAUUUAAUAAUCAUGAAUAUCAGCAGGUGAAACAAAGGAAAUAUUCCUCAAGCUCGGAAAGCGAUGCAAAAUGGAUACCAAAGCGAAGAAUGCGCAUUGUUGCUAGCGACGACGAGGACAAUGAUUUUAUUGCCAGUUAUUCAAAUUCAUGA